GACGUCACAGCGCGAUGGCGGCGGCUCCUUCAGGCAGCUGAAGGGGGAUUUAGGCCCGGAAGAUCCGAGUCCAUCCGCGGCUGGGAGAGGGUAAACGGGGCCGGUGGAGGCCGAAGCAGGGGCGGCGGCGCUCGGACUGUCCCAUCCGCCCGGUAUUGAGGCGCUGGGAGCGGUGGGGCCGCUGGAAAGCGAUGGUGAAAGCGGGGCCGUGAGGGGGGCGGAGCUGGCAGCCGGACCCGCAGUAGCGGCAGCGGCGGCGCCGCCUCCCCAAGCUCAGACCCAGGAAGCGGCCGGGAGGGCAGGAGCGAGCCGGGCCGUGCCGCCAUGGAGCUCAGAGUCGGGAACCGGUACCGGCUGGGCCGGAAGAUCGGCAGCGGCUCUUUCGGAGACAUCUAUCUCGGUACGGACAUAGCCGCAGGAGAAGAAGUUGCCAUCAAGCUUGAAUGUGUCAAAACCAAACACCCUCAGCUCCACAUUGAAAGCAAGAUCUACAAAAUGAUGCAAGGAGGAGUGGGCAUCCCUACCAUUAGGUGGUGUGGAGCAGAGGGGGACUACAACGUCAUGGUGAUGGAGCUGCUGGGGCCCAGCCUGGAAGACCUCUUCAACUUCUGCUCCAGGAAAUUCAGUCUCAAAACUGUCCUGCUUCUUGCUGACCAAAUGAUUAGUCGUAUUGAAUAUAUUCAUUCAAAGAACUUCAUUCACCGUGAUGUGAAGCCAGAUAACUUUCUUAUGGGACUGGGGAAGAAGGGCAACCUGGUGUACAUCAUAGACUUCGGACUGGCCAAGAAAUAUCGGGAUGCCAGGACCCACCAGCACAUCCCCUACCGUGAGAACAAGAACCUCACAGGGACGGCGCGGUACGCCUCCAUAAACACACACCUUGGAAUCGAACAGUCUCGAAGGGAUGACCUGGAGUCACUAGGUUAUGUGCUCAUGUAUUUCAACCUGGGCUCCCUGCCCUGGCAGGGCCUGAAGGCUGCCACCAAGAGGCAGAAGUAUGAGAGAAUCAGUGAGAAGAAAAUGUCCACUCCCAUUGAAGUGUUAUGUAAAGGCUACCCUUCUGAAUUUGCCACUUACCUGAAUUUCUGCCGUUCCUUGCGUUUUGAUGAUAAACCUGACUACUCUUACCUAAGACAACUCUUCAGAAACCUGUUUCAUCGCCAGGGUUUCUCCUAUGACUAUGUGUUUGACUGGAACAUGCUCAAGUUUGGAGCCAGCCGGGCAGCUGAUGAUGCAGAGCGGGAACGCAGGGACCGAGAGGAAAGGUUGAGACACUCUCGAAAUCCAGCCACCCGUGGACUCCCUUCCACGGCUUCAGGCCGGCUGAGGGGGACGCAGGAAGUGGCGCCUCCCACUCCCCUCACCCCUACCUCACACACGGCCAACACUUCUCCUCGGCCUGUGUCUGGCAUGGAAAGAGAGCGGAAAGUGAGUAUGCGGCUGCACCGGGGUGCCCCUGUCAACAUCUCCUCGUCUGAUCUCACAGGCCGACAAGAUACCUCCCGCAUGUCCACCUCACAGAAUAGCAUUCCUUUCGAACACCACGGCAAGUAGCUGCAUGGCUCCUGUUGGAAGGCAGCGCUGGAUUCCCGGUCGGGUGGCUUCCAGUGGUCUUCAGUCUGUGGUGCACCGAUGAGAACUCUCCUUUUUGCUGUGAAGGGCAGACAAUGCAUGGCUGAUCUACUCUGUUACAGUGGCUUUACUAGUGACACGCCCCCGGUCUAGGACCAGGCCACCCACCCAGCGACGCCCAUGGGGGAGCAAAACACAAACUAAACCGGACAGACUCCAAGCGCUGCCAUCGCCGGGGGCUGCCACCAGGCCCCAUGGACUCAGUCAUACGGGCUGGGAAGAAAUGCGUGAGUGAGACGGUUGCAGAGAAGCCCAGCGGCUUGUCAGCCCCUGCCGUGGUGGCGCCCUGCUCCCUGAUGAGUCUACUGUAACUAUUGAUCUUCUACUUGGUUAAGACAGUUUUGUAUCAUUUUGCUAAAAAUUACUGGCUUAAAUCUAUGUAAAGAAAUCUUUUUAUUGUUUUCUUUCUUGUCUGUUGUGCGGUCUUAAAAACGAUGUUGACUUCAAAGAACCCUGAAACAAAGAAACUGUCUUGGAGUUUCUGUCAGAGGGAGCGAGGCAGGAGAGGAGGGCACGGUAGCUUCUGGUGGCCUGUGCUUUGCGGUCUGUCCUGUCAUGUAGUCCACUGUGGACGAGGGGUGUGCUCAUGUAUGUAAGUUGUGUGCGUGUUUGUGCGUGUGUCUUGACAUAUUGACCUGGUUUUGGCUGUUGCCCCCUUCACCACUGUCACCCGGAAGCCUGCACAGCAGAGCCACUAGAAUCCCCACAGCGAGUCGUCAGAGCAGGCCCAGCUGUGGGUACUUCUGGGAUGGAAGCUGAGAGUGGAAACCCAUGGAACUAAGGGCCACCGAGUGUGGCAGGUCUCUUGAGAGGAGGUCUGUGAGCCCAAAGACAGGCCCCCUCCUUGGGGUGGUACAUGCUUACUCUGGCGGUUGUGAUUGCCUCAAUGCCUUUGAAAUUUGGGAACUUUCCUAAACAGACUGUAAAUUCCAUCACCAGUGCAGAUUGGCCCUCAUUUGUGUUAGCAGCUAUAAGCAUCCCCACCGUGUGCCUGGUGUACACUCUGAAAUGCCAGGAAGCUGGUGACUUGGUGGCCUGCACAUCACAGAGGAGCCAGGGUAGAGCUUCCAAAGCCUGGGACGGUGGCACCAGGAUCAAAUGCAACAUGUAUCAGAGGUACUUUUCAUUUUUCUGUCACCUCUGCAGAAUUUGCUGCUUGGAAAUGGGCAUUUAUUGGAAGCUAGAGUUCUAGAAGGCACCCGCCUCUUUGAGUUUCGCACUUCCCAGACCCUCCUCCCCAUCACAGGGAAGCCAGCCCUCAGGUCCCUGACUCGUGAGCCAGUCAGUGCGUGGAUGCCACUUUCUGACUCCUAAGCUGGCUGCUUCUGAGCGCUUCCAGCACAGGGCCCUGUCUGGUGGGUCAGAGCAAUUGUGGGCUCUCAUUGAAGCUUACCUCCUUCUGCAGAGGGAGGCAUCCCAGGGUGUGGUCAGUAGUUCAGGUCCCUGCUGUAGUGUCAGAGGUGGCAGGGGCAGCCUCCCAGGCACACCCCCAGGGUUCUGCCUGAGUUUAAGUAGUGGACUCAGCCCAGCUGUGACUGGGACAGUUGUUGCCCUCCCAGUAUUUAAUUUCUCAUCACAACGUGCAGGAAACAUAGUUAGGACGUGUAUCAACCUGUGUAUCGGUGGCCAGUCUCAGAACUGUGCGUUUGUAUGACCACUGUAUUUGUGUACUUAACAUCCAUGUAAAUAAUAAAUUCAUGACGACUUCCACCUUU